UUGACUUAUGAUAACUUUUUUUUUUAUUAUUGUCACACAACGUGCAAUUCGAAUUAUAUAAUAAGGUACAAAGUCUUUCAGAAAAAAACAUUACUUAUAAAAAUUAUUUAUUUUUUCAGAUCCAUAACAAGUUCAACAACCUGGAAUAUUGAAAUGCAAUCAAUUUUUCAAAUGUUCAAGGCAACAUCAGCGUUAGGACCUGAAGGUAUUUAGAAUUUUGAAAAAUUUGUGAGCUAGGAAUUUUCAUUCUUCAAAUUUUGUUUUCUCUGCGGUCUAUCUCUAAAAACUCAAUCUCCCGCGCGCUCUGCGAAAUAGUGGGGAUAGGAGAGAGAGUGCCAGACACAAUUGUUUUUUGACUCCCUGCCAUAUGCAUUUGUAGCUUUCCAUUUUUUUCUUGUAGUGUGUGUGUUUGAGAAUUUUUUUUUAGAAAAAAAAAUCAUUUAAUUUUUUCCAGAGAUAUCGGUUGAAAACAAAAAUGUUUUUACACAUGAUAAUAAUCAAAAUUCUUAUUAUCUCAAGUUUGGAGAACAUCAGUUUUCUUGGUGAGUGAGACAUUUUGGGUUUUUUUUAUUAGAGUAAAUUAAAGAAAAUAUUUUUUGCAGCUUCUCAAAAGGACUCAUUGGCAUGAAUUUAAACGAAUUCAUUUCCGAAUAUGUCAACAAAUAUUGAACAAAUACCGAAAAAGUUUCAAAAUUGUAUCAUCGAGACAACUAUGAUAAUUUAAAUAUCGAUCAAGUCACAUGCUUUAAAAAAUUAUUUUUUCGAAUGGAAUCCUGCUUGUAGUGCUCUUCGAAUUUAUGAAAAAUCAAGAAAUCAGUGGAUCAUAUUCGGAUUGCAAUUUUAAAUGGAAAUGCAGAUGAACUUUUGAAACAACUGCAGGUAUGGAUUUUUUUAUACUGAAUUUUCAAGAUUUCAAAAAUUUCAACAAAAAAAUCUAUAUUAUUUUGUAAUAAAAAACCUAGAAAAAAAUCGAAAAACAAAAUAUACAGUUUAUUAUUUUUGAAUAUAGACAAUGUGAUAUUGAGAGAGUGCAGACAUACAAAUUGAUUUAUCGCACAAAAAUACUAAAAACUAAUUUUUCUGUCUGCACUCUCUCAAUAUCACGUUGUCUCUAUUCAAAAAUAAUAAACUGUAUAUUUUGUUUUUGCAACGUUUUUCUGCAUAGGAAAAAAAUGUUUUUUUAUUAAAACAUAUUAUUCUUGGGAUUUUUAGGUCCCAAAAUAAAUUUGUGAGUUCAAGACAAAUUUGUGAGUUCUAGAAAGUUUCCAGUCUCAAAAGCUCCUAGAGCUUCUCAAAGCCAUCUGAAACAUCCUGGUGGACUUCUAAAGCCCCUAAAGCCCCUAGAGACUCCGGAAAAGCACCAUGAAUCCCCUAGAGCCUCCGGAAAGCCUUUUAGAGCCCCCUGAAUGCCCCUGAAGCUCCCCAGUAUUCUGAUAGCAACAUUCACAUUUUUCAGCCAAAAAAUCUGAUUAUUCGACACAAUAUUUUGAAAAGAAGGAUGAUGUUCGUCAAUUUUUCCAAUAAUGUUUUAAACAUAAGAAAUUUGCUUGCAUAUUCGGAAUAUUGA